AAAAAAAAAGUCAACUUUAUUAUUUGCUUAUAAGUUAUAACGAAUACAAAGUAGAGUUGACCAUUUGAGUUUUUUUGGAUGAGCAAACCAUAAACUUGGAGAAAGGUCACCAUAGUUCCAUCAAUGGCUGAGAUUUCUGAUAUUACUACUCAGGCUCAAACCGUUGUCUUGAACAUCGAUCGAUCAAUUGAUGAUUCCCGGUCGUCGGAUUUAUCCGGUCCUCUUGUGUCCGUAUCGUUUGUUCAAAAGUUGAUUGGAGAGUUCGUGGGAACAUUCUCUAUGAUAUUUGCCGGUUGUUCGGCCAUCGUGGUAAAUGAGACGUACGGAAAACCGGUGACACUUCCCGGUAUAGCUUUGGUAUGGGGACUAACCGUAACGGUUAUGAUCUACUCAAUUGGUCAUGUCUCCGGUGCACAUUUCAACCCUGCUGUUUCCAUUGCUUUUGCCUCUUCUAAAAAGUUCCCUUUUAAUCAGGUUCCAGGGUAUAUAGCCGCUCAAGUUCUCGGAUCGACCUUAGCUGCUGCAGCUUUACGGCUUGUGUUCCAUCUGAAUGAUGAUGUUUGUAGCCUCAAAGGCGAUGUUUACGUUGGAACAUAUCCAUCAAACUCAACCACAACGUCGUUUGUAAUGGAGUUCAUUGCUACUUUCAAUCUAAUGUUUGUUAUAUCUGCUGUCGCUACCGAUAAACGAGCCACGGGGUCACUCGCUGGAAUCGCUAUUGGUGCAACCGUAGUACUCGACAUCCUUUUCUCCGGGCCAAUAUCAGGAGCAUCGAUGAAUCCAGCAAGAAGCUUAGGACCUGCACUUAUAUGGGGAUGUUAUAAGGACUUAUGGUUAUACAUAAUUUCACCGGUGCUCGGAGCAUUAUCAGGGGCAUGGACUUAUGAUUUGUUACGAUCCACAAAGAAAUCAUAUAGUGAGAUUAUUCGUCCAAAUUGCAAUAAAGUUUCUUCGAGAGAUCACCAAGAAGCUUCUCAAGAUGAGAUUUGUGUUUUACGAGUGGUUGAUCCAGCUAAUCAAAACUAUUUCAUAUGUUCAUCACCUAAUGAUAUCAAUGGUAAAUGUAAUGUUACAUGUAAGUUGGCGUGAAUUAAAUCGAUGUAUUGGCCAGUACUAGUUCAAUACCCAUGUAUUUGUUUUCUGGUUUCAUAUUAUUGUGUAUAUUUUUAUUUUUUAUGCGCGCGAUAAGUGAUAAAAGCUUAUUAACACAUAAAUGUUUUCUCAUGCUCAACUUUAUAUAGUAACAAGAAUAUAUUCACAGAGUUUGAAAGCGCCAAGUGAAGAGACAUAUAUAUCAAUAUCUAAGUUUCAAAUUUUCGUUUCACAUUUAAAUGCAUUUUCGUUUUAAUUUAGCGGUAUAAUCAUAUAAACAAAGAAUCUAGGUGUUCAUUUACUCAUUGUGAAGACAAAGAAUAAUAGAGUACACAGAGAAGUUAAUGAGACAGAGACACAAAAAUGAUAGAGAGCUG